AUGGGCACCGCCAAUGGCGGCGUGCAUUGGCCAGCCAAGCGCUUACCGCUUAACCGUGAUGGGAACUCCGCCAGCGAUAGCCGCCAGGUCGGGGAACCAUUAUCGUCUCCGCGCCAGCUCGAGCCAGGCGAGCACCCUACUGAAGAGACUCCAAGCUCGCCUCUGAGCUCCUUUAGUCGCCCGCACGACCUCCGGCAGGGUGCGGCUCGUGGCACGCGAAGUGCACGUCGCAAAGAGAUUGUCUCCGCUUUUUCCUGGGAGGCCUUGAGUAUCGAGAAAGCUAGAACCGGGGAGCUUGCGAUCUCGUCCGGAAACAGUAAAGGUCCGCAACAGCGCCCAAUUGGGCCCUCCGCUCCUAGAGACAAUGGUCUGGCGGCCAAUGAGGAAACUGAUAUGUGGAAUAAGAUCCUACAGGAUUUACGAAAGGCAAAGGAGAAGAAUGAUAAACAGAAGUCAUUAGCCGAGCAGAUCUCUGCCUUGAAUGAGAAGAUUGGCAAAGAUGGUGGGAAGCCAAGUCUACAUGAACAUAACCAGCUGGACAGCCUAUACCGGCAAAUGCUUAAACUUUGCGAAGAUGAGAGGGCCAUUCUUCAAGAUGAGCCGAGUGAUGUGAUCAAGAACUUGGGCCUUCUGACUGCACUUCGUCAGGCAUCUGAAGCAGAGGCGCCACUUAACCGUGCGGCUGCUCUUGGGAAAUCUCGUAAGAAGAGAAAUGACGUGGAUGGUUCAGCUACGGACUCACCGGGGCCUUCGGGUGCCUCCCUGCCGGACAAAGCUGGUCGUAUUAAGGGAGGCAUCCAACGUGGCUCCAGUGUAUCCAGCAAUCAGGCUCGUGACAGCCGUGAUAGCCGAGAUGUCCACGUCAAAGUGGAGGAAGGGACGGAAGGCACCAAGGGUACACUCGCAGAGCGCAAUGGGCAUUUGGUGGUUGGGGCCGAAGUAGUCUUCAAGCAUAACAAGAACAAGCAAGGGGUCGAAGGUGAGGGGAUCCAGUGCAUCAUCAAAGGGAUAUCUGGAGAUGGACAUAAGAAGCGGUAUGAUGUACAGGAUCCUGAGCCGAAUGAAAAUGGCGAACAGGGAGCGGUUUACAAAACUACCGCUGCGUCUUUGAUCCCAAUACCACAAGUUGGCUCGACAUUACCAAGUUUUUCGGUAGGAAAACAAGUUCUGGCUCGAUACCCGGAUACUACGACGUUCUACCGGGCGGAAGUGAUGGGCUCCAGAAAGGACACUUACCGCCUCAAAUUUGAAGGCGAGGAAGAUGACAAGGAGAUGGAAGUGGACCGUAGGUUUGUCCUUGAUAUUCCUGGAAAGUAA